AUGGCCGUCAUGAAGAAACAGUCUUUGAUUCUCGCCUCGGCGCGGGAGGCUCUCAAAAAUGCCGAAAGGCUGGUGAGCUAUCUCGAGGAGAACGGCAUGCAAGAGCCAAACUUCUCCGCUGACUCCCCUCCUCACCCCGAGAACGGCGAGUAUGAUGCGAUCAGAAAUGAUCUCAACCAAGCAGCCACUGAUCUGAGUCUGCUGGCCACGGGUCCGCUCCAGUGGAUCCGGACCUUCUGCUGCUGCCACCAUGACAUGGCCGCGUGGCAGGUAGCUCUGCGCUUCAAGUACUUCACCAUCGUGCCUCUUGACAGACCCAUUUCUGUCAAGGAGAUGUCCAGCAAGGCGCAGAUGGACGAGGACCGUCUGCGCCGUGUGAUGACGUUCCUCACCACCCAGAGGUGCUUCCAGGAGCUGGAUGAUGACCGCUUCGAGCACACUGCUCUCUCCGCCUUUAUCUCCAAGAACAAGGACAUUGAGCAGUGCUUUGCUUUUGAGGCGGACGAGAUGUUCGAGGCGGCUUCCAUGACUGCUACAUCCAUCCAAAAGGCCCCGUUCACUUCGGAGGCCAAGAACAGCGCUUUCAACCUCCGAUUCGGAACUUCGCCGUACACGUGGUACGCGGAGAACCCGGAGCGCGGUGCGCGCUUCGCGUCCGCCAUGGCUGGCUAUGUUCAAAUGAACAGAGACCACAAGGAGCUGAUGGACAGAUUCCCCUGGGCCAGCCUCGGCGACACAAAAGUCGUCGACGUCGGCGGUGGAAGCGGACAUGUGUCCAUUUACCUCGCGGCGAAAUUUCCCAACCUCAAGUUCCUUGUUCAGGAUGUCAACACCGUCAUGCUCGAGGAAGGUCCCAGACGCCCAGACUAUGCCCCCGUCCAGGAACGCGUGUCAUUCAUGAAGUACAGCUUCUACGAGCCGCAGCCCAUCACUGACGCGGGACUCUUUUUCCUGCGGCAGGUCACUCACAAUUACCCAGACGAUGUCUGCGUUAAAAUAUUCAAGUCAUUUGUCCCCGCGAUGGAGAAAUCCGCCCUGGGUACCAACCUCCUGAUCAACGACAUGCUGCUCCCGCCACCCAACCAGGAGCUCAAGGUGGAGGAGUACCACCUGAGGCAGAUUGACAUCCACAUGCUCGAUGGCUAUGCUGCUAAGCAGCGAAGUCUUGCCGAAUUUGAAGCUCUGCUCAAGGAAGCGGAUCCCAGGUUCGAGGUUGUCCACGUUCACGGCAAGGGGAUCAUGGGCUUGAUCGAGGUGACCCUGAAGCAGUAG